GCUUUUCCAACAGAAACACACAGCCAAGCUUUUCAAAUCAGAGAGAGCCGAGAAAGGAAGAAAAAAGGAGUUCAGUAGUAGCAAGUUAAGCACCUGCUUUUCCAACAGAAACACACAUCAGCCAUCAUCAAUAGCAACAAGAUCAGCCAUAGCAAUAGCAAUUUAAGUUUAGCUUCAGCCAUGGGGUUCUGCUGUGGUGCUUCGGAUGUCCAGGUGCUCCCCAAGAACGCCUCCUCCUCGUCAUCAUCCUCCUCCUCCUCGUCGUCAUCUGCUAACAGAUCUGGGAAGAAGAAGCAGCCAGAGCAGGGGAAGCACCAAGCUGUGAAGCAGGGCGAGGUGAAGGAGAAGAAGAGGAGCAACCUCGACCGAGCUGCCCUGACGACGCCCCAUUUCCCCUUCCAUUCUCGCCCCGGCCUCAUGUAAUGAGCUCAGGAGUUCAGCUUCUGGUCGGUGUUAAUUAGGAACUAGAAUGACUUUGGUUCUUCCGUUGAAGUUCUGAUGUCUGUUGUGUUCUAUUCAUUCGUGGGGUUUGGUUGUACUGGAUGAGCCAACUGGUGGUGUUUCUUAUAUUAAUUUACUAGUACUACCAAAAAUUGUGUUUGUUCACUGUCAGUAAGAUGCAUGUGUUUCCCCGCUUCUUUUGUUGGAUUACUAUCCCCCUGCCUUUACUUAAUUCGCAAGACCAGGUGGCCAAGGCUUAUGGAAUC